CUCUUUGUCUCUCUCUCUCUCUCUCUCCCCAACAGCACAGAAAGAGUGAGAGUGCCAAGCGCGGUUGGUUAAGUGAUUCGAUCGGAGAGCGAGCAGACGCGCAGUCGAGUUCGUUCGUGAAGUGCUUCAAGGAUCGGAGUCUCGAUUGGUUCGAUAAUCGGUACAUCCUGUCUUGGCUCGAGAUCCGAGCCAAGAACAGAGGAGUUUUGCCAGACUCGUGAGAGGUAAUAGGGUUUUAUUGAGAAGGGAGGAAUAUGGCUAGCAGCGAGGGCUUUCUCACGGAGGAGCAGAGGGAGACGAUGAAGAUAGCUUCGCAGAAUAUGGAGGUGACGCCGUCAUUGAUGUUGUCGUCGUCGCCGAAAUCCCCCCGGCCCAGGUCUCCCGGUCAGAAAUCUCCCGGACAGAACUUGUCGUUUCUGUCGGAGCACCACCACGUCAAGGCCCCGGGUGGAGGACAUUCGGCUGCAGUUGGGGGCGUGGCGGUCAGGCAUGUUCGCCGUUCCCACUCUGGAAAAUUUAUCAGAGUUAAGAAGGAUGGAGCUGGCGGUAAAGGCACGUGGGGCAAACUACUUGACACUGGUGGUGAAUCUUGUCUUGACCGAAAUGAUCCCAACUAUGACAGUGGUGAGGAUCCUUAUGAGCUUAUUGGAUCAACUGUAUCCGAUCCUUUGGAUGAAUACAAGAAAGCAGUCGCAUCCCUAAUUGAAGAGUACUUUUCCACCGGUGAUGUAGAAGUAGCUGCUUCUGAUCUUAGAGAACUAGGAUCAAGCGAGUAUCAUCCUUACUUCAUCAAGCGCAUUAUCUCCAUGGCCAUGGACAGACACAACAAAGAGAAGGAGAUGACUUCAGUUCUGCUAUCUGCUUUGUAUGCUGAUGUUAUUAAUGCUGCCCAGAUUAGUCGGGGCUUUUUCAUGCUGCUUGAAUCUGCCGAUGACCUGGCUGUGGACAUACUGGAUGCUGUUGAUGUCAUUGCUCUAUUUCUUGCUCGAGCAGUGGUUGAUGACAUUCUAGCCCCAGCUUUCAUCACGAGAGCCAAAAAAAUGCUUCCAGAAACAUCCAAAGGAUAUCAGGUUUUGCAAAUUGCUGAGAAAAGCUAUCUCUCCGCCCCGCAUCAUGCAGAGCUGGUUGAACGACGGUGGGGCGGUAGUACUCACCUCACUGUUGAUGAGGUGAAGAAAAAAAUUGCUGAUCUCUUGAAAGAGUAUGUUGAAAGUGGAGAUACUUCCGAGGCCUGCAGAUGCAUCAGACAGUUGGGUGUUUCCUUUUUCCAUCAUGAAGUUGUGAAAAAGGCCUUGGUUCUAGCAAUGGAGAUUCGAACUGCAGAGCCCCUCAUCAUGAAACUACUGAAGGAAUCAGCAGAUGAGGGACUGAUAAGUUCGAGUCAAAUGGUGAAAGGUUUCUCUCGAUUAGCAGAGAGCCUGGAUGAUCUAGCGCUCGAUAUCCCUUCUGCCAAAACAAUGUAUCAGACCAUUGUUUCCCAGGCAAUAUCUGAAGGAUGGCUUGAUGCAUCCUAUGGGAAAUCUUCUGGCGAGGAUGGCGAGAAACCAGACAAGAAUGAAGAAAAGCUGAGGCGCUACAAGAAAGAAGUUGUUGCCAUUAUCAACGAAUAUUUCCUCUCGGAUGAUAUCCCUGAACUGAUUAGAAGUCUUGAAGACCUAGAUAUGCCUGAAUACAAUCCAAUUUUCCUCAAAAAGGUCAUAACGCUAGCCAUGGACAAGAAAAACCGAGAAAAAGAAAUGGCGUCAGUUCUCCUAUCCGCACUCCAUAUAGAGAUAUUCUCGACCGACGAUAUAGUCAAUGGUUUUGUUAUGCUAUUGGAAUGCGCAGAAGACACUGCUCUUGACAUUCUAGAUGCAUCCACCGAGCUUGCCUUCUUCCUGGCGAGAGCUGUUGUAGAUGACGUCCUUGCUCCCCUCAACUUGGACGAGAUCGGCGGUAUGCUGCUGCCAAAUUGCAGCGGUACUGAAACUGUGAGUCUGGCCCGGUCCCUCAUAGGCGCGCGGCAUGCCGGGGAGAGGAUCCUGAGGUGCUGGGGCGGUGGCACCGGGUGGGCUGUGGAGGAUGCCAAGGACAAGGUCCAGAAGCUUCUCGAGGAAUACGAGAGCGGGGGAGUGGUGAGCGAAGCCUGCCAAUGCAUCCGGGAUCUGGGCAUGCCGUUCUUCAAUCACGAGGUGGUGAAGAAAGCGCUGGUGAUGGCGAUGGAGAAGAAGAACGACAUGAGGAUGCUGGAGUUGCUGCAGGAAUGCUUCGGCGAGGGGCUCAUCACCAUCAACCAGAUGACGAAAGGCCUGAGCAGGAUCAAAGAUGGGCUGGACGAUCUCGCACUUGAUAUCCCCAACGCCAAAGAGAAGUUCGACGUUUACGUAGACUAUGCGCGCAAGCACGGCUGGCUCCUGCCGUCGUUCGGCUAGGCUAGACACUAGGCUAGGACAGGACUCAACUCCCGCCGCCGUCGUCGUCGUUGUUUGUCUUUUGGCCGUCUGCCCUCUUGUGGGGUGGUUGGCUUGUUUUCUUUCUUCCUCAAUACCUCCCCUCCCAUGUCUCUCAUAUAUCCAUCCUAAGGACUUGUUCUUUUCCCCAGAAGAUAUAUGUAAUGUGUUGGCCAUUUUAUGUGUGUGAAACGUUUUCUCUGUGUCUGUCAUGUACAAAUUAUUAAUCUUCAUUUGCUUUUGAAUUAGAAUUACUACUGCUGCUUUGUUUUA